GAAAAAAUAUACUUGUCUUACUUUAACUUAUUGCACCGGUGCAACAGUGCAGCUAGAAAGAACAGACCAAUGUAAUUUAUGUGUAGGUUAUGUGUCAAAAGAUUGUCUUGUAGGUUAUGUCACACUAGAGAUUAUCAAAAAAGAUUAUACAAGAGCGAUAUAAAAAACGUAAAUUACAGCUAAUGAAGCAGUAUUCUUGUGAUGAAAUCCUUUGCUCCUUAAGGUAUUUAAACGUUGGAAAUUAUGUCUCCAAAUGACGUGACAGAUGUCACGAUCGAAGAGAGGAACGAUAAAAAAAGCAUCCGCAAACAGAAACGUGCUCAUCACAGGCUACUUAGAGACAUGAAUAUUAAAUGUAUGGAGCAUCCUACGCAGCAUCUGAUGAUAUGCAAUGGUGGCUUAGUUACUGGUAUCAAGAGGGAGACAUUGCAAUCCAUGCUGGAUAUGCUGAUUUCCAAGUAUACUUUAAUAAUGCCGGCAGGCAAGUCUUAUUGUUUUGUGUCAUGCAACUCAAAGGAGGAUGCAACAUGCGUAUACAAUUACAUUCAUGGACGGAUUAAGCUUCCAGGCCAGAACGGCCCAUUAUAUGUAUGCCACAUUGAAACAGUUUCUACCACAGAUUACGUUGAAUCUGAUUCCACGUUUCCCCCUGGUCUUACGUUAAUAGAAAAUUUCAUAACGGAGGAGCAAGAACAAACUUUGCUGGGAACGCUCAAUUGGGAUGAAUGUGAAUCUGUCUCAUCGCAGUUGAAACACAGACAAGUAAAACAUUAUGGAUACGAGUUUGAAUAUGGCACAAACAUGGUAGAUCCUGACAGACCUAUUCUACCGAUUCCUCAUGAUUAUAAGUUUCUGCAGACACUGUUUGACAAGCAUGGUCACAAAUACACUUAUGAUCAAUUGACCAUCAACAAGUAUUUAUCUGGACAAGGUAUACCAUCGCACAUCGACACGCAUAGUGUCUUCGAGGAUACAAUAUUAUCUCUGUCACUGGGAUCUGCGUGCGUCAUGAACUUUAAGAAGGACGAUCGAAAGAUUGAUGUCCUCCUGCCAGCCAGAUCCUUAUUGAUCAUGACGGGAGAAGCGAGGUACGCGUGGACGCACGGCAUCUGUCCUCGUCACAGUGAUAUAAUCAAGACGAAAAACGGGUCUACGACGCGGGAACGUGAUACUAGAGUGUCCUUCACUUUCAGAAAAGUGCGCCGAGGCGAAUGCCGCUGCAACUUCAGAGAUUACUGUGAUACUGUAAAACGUAAUACUUUUAUUGACGCUAGUGCGGCGUCGGGAUUGGAAAAUUCAUAUGUACAUAAGGUUUACGAUGAAAUAUCUAAUCACUUUAGUGAAACACGACAUAAACGAUGGCCCAAUGUAACCAAAUUCCUCGAAAGUUUGGAAGAGGGUACAUUGCUGUUGGAUGUGGGUUGUGGGAAUGGCAAAUACCUUUAUGGAAAUCAGAAUGUAUAUAAGAUGGGAUGCGAUCAUAGUUCCGGAUUGAUGGACAUAUGUCACAAACGUGGCUUUGAGGUUCUUCAGUGCGAUUGCCUGUACUUGCCGUACAGAGACGAUUCCGUGGACGCGGCAAUCAGUAUUGCGGUUAUUCAUCAUCUAUCUACCUGGGAGCGAAGGCAACGCGCCAUUUCCGAGAUGAUUCGAGUGCUGAGACCAAAUGGCAAGUGCUUGAUCUACGUAUGGGCGAUGGAGCAGCGUAAGAAUUCCACGGAUUCGCUCUAUUUGAAGUAUGGCAAGAAGAACAGUCAAAAGGAAGUCGAGAAGAUCGACCGAAGUGGAAUCAAUCACGAGAGGAUCUCCGAAUGUCAUUUAACGUUACCGAUUCAUGAAAACAGAACGAACUUUGCUCAUAGUGACAUGCUGGUUCCUUGGAAGAAAAAGAGCGGCGAAUGCUUUCUGAGAUAUUAUCACGUAUUUCGAGAAGGUGAGCUCACGAAACUGUGCACGGAAAUACCUGCGGCCGUGAUCAAGGAGGUAUACUAUGAUCAGGGCAAUUGGUGCGUGUUUUUGAAGAAAUGUACAGAGAUUAUAGAAUAAAAACUAUAUUAACCUUA